CCCUCACCCCAUCAUCGACACCAAAGGCAUCGUGGUCUUCGGGACGCGUAUCCUGGAUGAGGAGGUGUUUGAGGGUGACAUCCAGCAGCUGAUGAUUUUAUCGGACCAUCGCGCUGCGUUUGACUACUGUGAGCACUACAGCCCCGAUUGUGAGGUUCCUGCGCCUGAACAGCCCCAGAACCAAGACCCAAACACUGAUGAAUAUAACACAGAGGAUGACAACUACUAUUACGAAUAUCCCUACUAUGAGGACAUGGACGCCGAAAAGACAGAAGAAACGGCAACCGAUGAAACGACUGGAACCGAAACUGAAGACCUAACGGUGUCUGUUCCGGAUAGCGGUCGCGUGGUUACGUCGGUUAUCACUAGUGGAACAGGAGGCUCCAGCAGUUCCUCGAGUAGCUCCUCGUCCUCCUCUUCUUCAUCCUCCAGCUCUACCACGACUACUGGCGAGGAACCGUACGACGGCUACGAUGGAUAUGAGACCGGAUAUGAAACAUACUAUGACGAGUCGACCUCGCGGCCUGACGGCUCCCGGACCAUCAGCAUCACUAGCACAGGCACAGGUACCGGCGGAGAAGUGGAUAUCGGACUGGGCGGUGAGGUGGAUUUGGGACUGGGAGGAGACCUGGACAGGCGGAUCAUCACAUCAUCAUCAUCAUCAUCGUCGUCAUCAUCAGGAGGAGGAGGAAGUGGAAGAGUGCACUCAACUGUCACAGUCAUUCACAAUGGAACGUCUGGCUCGGUUUCCAGCUCCGGCUCCAGCUCCAGCUCUGGAGUCAGUACCGGCUCCAGCUCCAGCUCCAGAUCCAACUCUACCUCGGUUGAUGGUGGUUAUGAUGAUACCCAGUACGGCGAGGGUUUUGAUCUGACCUAUGGAGAGGGAUAUGGAGAAGGAUACGGAGAGGGAGAUUAUACCGUGGAAGGAGGCGGUAGCAGCAGCAGCACUUCAGUGUCCGUAGGGGGUGGAUCUGUUUCUGUUGGAGGCGGGUCUGUAUCUGUCGGGGGCGGUUCUGUUUCCGUUGGAGGCGGGUCUGUUUCUUCAAGUGGCUCAGUUGGGGGCGGAUCCGGCAGCGCUGGGGCCAGCGUGGGGGCGGGGUCUGUUGCCACCGGUGGACAGGGAGGAAUUGGUGGAGAGGCAGAUUCCAUCGAUAUCGACAAGUUCAAGGAGGAGUCCAUCACGGAUUACACUGACGCAGAACUGGAGAAGAUGUAUGAUUAUGAUGACCUGUACACCGAUGGCGACAAAGCGCUGCCCGCAGAGACCGACGAGAUCUACGGACAGGUGGAUGGACUGAGGGGAGAGAAAGGCCAGAAAGGAGAGCCUGCCAUCAUUGAACCCGGAAUGCUGGUCGAAGGCCCACCUGGUCCAGAGGGUCCCACAGGUCUCCCCGGUCCUCCAGGUUCAACGGGACACCCAGGUGGUGCUGGAGAGCCAGGUGAGAGGGGUCCUCCUGGUCGCUCUGGUCUGCCUGGAGCUGACGGUCUUCCAGGACCUCCAGGGACUGUCCUGAUGUUGCCUUUCCGCAUGAGUACAGGAGGCGACAGCGGACAUAAAGGUCCUGCAGUUUCUGCCCAAGAGGCUCAGAUGCAAGCCAUCAUGCAGCAGGCCAGGCUGGCGAUGAGGGGUCCAACCGGACCCAUGGGUUUGACGGGCCGUUCCGGUCCUCUGGGUCCUCCUGGUGUUUCUGGACUGAAAGGAGAGUCUGGGGAAUCAGGACCUCAAGGUCCUCGUGGUCCACUGGGAUCCAUAGGCCCUCCUGGAAAGCCUGGUAGAAGGGGUCGACCCGGCUCAGAUGGAGCCAGAGGGAUGCCUGGACAGACGGGACCAAAGGGGGACCGAGGAUUCGAUGGGCUCGCUGGUUUGUCUGGAGAAAAGGGUCACAGGGGUGAGACAGGUCCUCAGGGGCCACCUGGGCCUUCAGGAGAGGAUGGAGAAAGAGGCAAUGAUGGUGAGGUCGGACCCAGAGGUCUGCCCGGAGAAUCGGGUCCUCGUGGUUUGUUGGGCCCCAAAGGUCCCCAGGGGCCCCCUGGACCUCCCGGUGUGACUGGUAUGGACGGACAUCCUGGACCUAAAGGAAACAUUGGUCCUCAAGGUGAGCCAGGACCUCCAGGACAACAAGGCAACCCCGGAGCUCAGGGACUUCCAGGUCCUCAGGGAGCGAUCGGACCUCCAGGAGAGAAGGGUCCUACUGGAAAACCAGGCUUAUCGGGAAUGCCAGGAGCCGAUGGACCUCCGGGCCACCCAGGAAAAGAAGGGCCAUCCGGAGAGAAAGGACAUCUGGGACCUCCUGGUCCUCAGGGGCCGAUUGGAUAUCCUGGGCCUCGAGGUGUAAAGGGUGCUGAUGGAGUCCGUGGGCUGAAAGGAAACAAGGGUGAAAAGGGAGAAGACGGAUUUCCAGGAUUUAAGGGCGAUAUGGGCAUCAAAGGCGACAGGGGAGAACUUGGUGCUGCUGGACCCAGAGGUGAAGACGGGCCUGAGGGACCCAAAGGAAGAUCUGGUUUACCUGGAGAUCCUGGACCACUCGGGUCGACCGGAGAGAAGGGUAAGCUCGGUGUGCCCGGGUUGCCAGGUUAUCCAGGAAGACAAGGCCCCAAGGGUUCUCAAGGAUUCCAGGGAUUCCAAGGAGCCAGUGGAGAGAAAGGCACGAGGGGGACAGCAGGAAAGCCGGGACCCCGAGGACAGAGAGGACCCACGGGACCCCGUGGUGAAAGAGGGCCGAGGGGACCAACUGGUAAAGCAGGACCAAAGGGCAACUCAGGAAGCGACGGCCCCCCAGGACCACCCGGUGAACGGGGUCCGUUAGGAUCAGCGGGACCUACUGGAUUCCCCGGCCCUAAGGGUCCACCGGGUCCUUCCGGAAAGGACGGGCUGCCCGGACACCCUGGCCAGAGAGGAGAGACUGGUUUCCAAGGUAAAACUGGACCUCCCGGACCCCCAGGUGUAGUCGGACCUCAGGGACCAACAGGUGAAACAGGACCAAUGGGAGAGCGAGGCCACCCUGGACCCCCAGGACCACCUGGUGAACAGGGUCUACCUGGACCUGCAGGAAAAGAGGGAGCAAAGGGAGAUCCAGGUCCUGCAGGACCUACGGGUAAAGACGGACCUCCAGGACUCAGAGGGUUCCCAGGCGAGAGAGGUUUACCUGGCCCUGUGGGGUCAGCAGGUUUGAAAGGGAAUGAAGGACCUCCAGGGCCACCUGGACCCGCUGGUUCUCCUGGUGAACGUGGUCCUGCUGGCUCAGCUGGACCUACCGGCCUCCCGGGCCGACCCGGACCUCAAGGACCCCCGGGCCCCGCUGGAGAGAAAGGUGGACCUGGCGAGAAAGGACCUCAAGGCCCAGCUGGUAGAGACGGUAUUCAGGGACCUGUGGGACUUCCAGGCCCGGCCGGACCCAUCGGACCCCCGGGAGAGGACGGUGAUAAGGGCGAGCUUGGAGAGCCAGGACAGAAGGGAAGCAAAGGUGACAAGGGCGAGCAUGGUCCUCCAGGGCCAGUCGGUAGCCAAGGUCCUCCAGGUCAGCCGGGUCCACCUGGUGCUGAUGGAGAGCCAGGUCCCAGAGGUCAGCAGGGUCUGUUUGGGCAGAAGGGAGAUGAGGGUUCACGAGGCUUCCCAGGACCACCAGGACCUGUCGGCCUUCAGGGUUUGCCUGGACCCCCGGGUGAGAAGGGAGAGACUGGUGACGUCGGUCAGAUGGGUCCACCCGGUCCUCCUGGCCCCAGAGGCCCCUCCGGACCCCCAGGAGCCGAUGGACCACAGGGACCCCCGGGAGGAAUCGGCAACCCAGGAGCCGUGGGAGAGAAGGGAGACGCCGGUGAACUAGGAGAACCAGGCCCACAGGGAGACGUCGGCCCUCCAGGUCCAAGAGGAGAGCGAGGAGAAAAGGGAGAAGCCGGACCCGCUGGUUCUGCUGGGCCCCCCGGACCAAAAGGACCACCAGGAGAUGAUGGUCCUAAAGGAAGCCCUGGUCCAAGUGGUUUCCCUGGUGAUCCUGGUCCUCCUGGAGAGCCUGGUCCACAUGGUUUGGAUGGUGCUCCUGGAGAUAAGGGUGAUGAUGGUGAGCCUGGUCAGGCGGGAUCCCCUGGACCUACUGGUGAAACUGGCCCCACUGGACCUCCAGGAAAGAGAGGACCUCAUGGACCUGCUGGACCUGAAGGAAGACAGGGAGAGAAGGGUGCCAAGGGUGAGUCUGGUCUGCUGGGUCCACCUGGUAAGACAGGUCCAGUUGGUCCUCAGGGAAGCCCUGGAAAGCCCGGUCCUGAGGGUCUGAGAGGUGUGCCUGGACCAGUGGGAGAACAAGGACUGCCCGGUGCUCCCGGACCCGAUGGACCUCCUGGACCGAUGGGUCCUCCUGGACUGCCUGGACUGAAGGGAGAUACUGGUAUUAAAGGUGAAAAGGGUCAUCCUGGUCUCAUUGGACUCAUCGGACCUCCAGGAGAACAAGGAGAGAAGGGAGACAGAGGGUUGCCAGGUCCACAGGGAACUGCAGGACUUAAAGGAGACACUGGUAUUUCAGGACCUGCUGGACCUCUUGGACCCAUUGGACCUCCUGGUCUCCCGGGUCCUCCUGGUCCUAAAGGUGCUAAAGGAUCAUCUGGUCAGACUGGACCGAAGGGAGAAACUGGAGUGCCAGGAUCUCCUGGACCUCCAGGUCCACCUGGUGAUGUCAUCCACCCUCUGCCCAUCCAGUCCAGCCCCAAACGGGCAAAGAGGAACAUUGACGCCAGCCAGAUGAUGGAUGACGCUGCAGAUGCCAACUACAAAGACUAUGAGGACGGCAUGGAGGAGAUAUUUGGCUCUCUGAACUCGCUCAAACUAGAGAUUGAACAGAUGAAACACCCGCUGGGCACACAGAGUAACCCCGCCCGCACCUGCAAAGACCUGCAGCUGUGCCACCCAGAUUUCCCAGAUGGUGAAUACUGGAUUGAUCCGAACCAGGGCUGCUCCAGAGACUCUUUCAAAGUGUACUGUAACUUCACAGCAGGUGGAGAGAGCUGCAUCUUCCCCGAUAAAAAGAGUGAAGGGGCCAGACUCACCUCUUGGGUGAAGGAGAAUCCAGGAUCGUGGUUCAGUGAAUUCAAACGUGGUAAACUGCUCUCAUACGUGGAUGUGGAGGGCAAUCCGAUCGGAGUGGUCCAGAUGACGUUCCUGCGUUUACUCAGUGCAACGGCUCGGCAGAACCUGACAUACAACUGUUACCAGUCGGUGGCUUGGCACAACCAGGACCUGGACUCUUACGAUAAAGCCAUCCGCUUCCUGGGUUCCAACGAUGAGGAGAUGUCUUACGAUAACAACCUGUACAUCAGAGCCGCCGUCGACGGAUGUGCAUUGAAAAAGGGUUAUGAAAAGACUAUUCUUGAGAUCAACACACCGAAAGUGGAGCAGGUACCAUUUGUUGACAUUAUGUUCAACGAUUUCGGCGGAGCAACGCAGAAGUUCGGCUUUGAGGUCGGACCGGCCUGCUUCAUCGGCUAAGACUGCUCAGCGAGCACGCGCGAACAAAACAUAUUCAUUUUCUCCGAAAACAAAACACAAGAAAGAAAUAGGAUGACUUAUUUGUAAAGUUUUGUGUUUCCAAACAAACCCAACAGAUAACAAAGUAAGGAUAAAAGAAAUUUGAAGAAAGAAUGGAUGUCCAAACAAUGGGUUCUUAUAACAGAGCAACCUUUUUAACCUCAGUGUACCCUCUGCAUCACAUGCAAGUUUUGAAACUGGAUGAGGUCAUCACUCAUGACUCUCCCAGCCCUGCUCACUUUACACUCAUCCGACUCUUCGCCCCUCCCACAGGCUGUAUAGACAGAUUAGAUCCUUCCUUUUAUUUCCCUCCAGUUCUUGGACUUGUAGCUCUAUGCACAUACGAGAAAUCUUUUCCGUAGGUUUGUUUGCUUGGGUUUUAUGUUGUUCCUCUUUCCACUUCUAAGCUUUGUUUUUUGUGCAUACUUGUCUUCCAUUCCCUGGAAUGGUGAUUAUAUAUAUAAAUAUAUAUAAAUAUUUUUUUCUAUGUUUGCAAGUACUUUCUGUAUAUUUU